AUACUAGUCAGACAUCCCUCGUUAACUAAACUAGGCUAAUGAGCCGCACGUGUUCGUAUCGGGCGUAAUCAAGAACGCUGCGAGAAAUUCGACCACUGUUCGGCAAAAUGAGCUUCGAGAGCAAUCUCCUACAGGCUUUCGCCAAAAAUCAUGUUCAAACAAUCGUUGAUAUAUUUGCCACGGAAAAAAAAUUCAAAUCAUUUGCAGAUCGACUGGACAAAGUUGUCGAUAAGGAACUGGAUACAAAUCAUUUUAAAAAUGUCAUCCUGAUUCUCAAAGCCAUUGAAAAAGUAAUAGAGCAAGACGAGGACUGCUUCCACACACUUGUUCAACAGGGCGUUGUUGUAAUGAUGCUCACUUGGUAUGAGAGGACAGUGGAACAAAUCACUCCGCAAUCGACCCCGGAGCAGAUGAUUUUCCUUGAGACUUUCUAUGAUAUUGCUGUGAAACUUUCUCAUAGCAUAAUUGAAGGCAAAGCCACAAUCAGGACUCUUCUUAUCCUGCGCUUUGGGGCUCUUGUGACAGAUGAGCGGGUGUGCUACAAGCUUCGCCUGGAUGCCAUUCAGACAAUCAACUCGAUGGUGGAUGGGAUUUCGAAGGAUGACAGGCGAGAUAUGUGCCACGCCAAUUCUCUUUCCCAACUCUUGGAAUACUUUGCUGAGGUUCUGUUGAAGGGUGGAGAUUAUGAGUUUCAGGUAGCCGUAACUGAGGCACUCUCGCGCAUGACUAUAAAGAAGACCAGGGAGGACAUUGCCAAUAAGUGGUUUGGUGACAAAAAACUGUCUUCAUCCUUCAUGGCCAUAAAAUACGGAGAGUUUGAAACAGAUUGCCGGAUAUUUCUAAAUGAAGUAAACGGCUCAUUUGGAAACGACCGAAGAGUUUUCACAUUUCCCUGCAUAAGAGCAUUUCUUGAAGGCACUGAGCUUUUCAAGCCUGAGGACGCAAACCUCAAGGAGUUCUGGAUCGACUUCAACAUCGGCUCAUCCUGCAUUACCUUCUCAGUACAUGAUCCAGAGAAUUCUCUCUGGGGUUCCAUCUGCCUGAUGAAGACCUCUGUUGAUUUCUAUGAACUGUCAAUGGUGAAUGAUAAGAAAGUCCUGACUGUCCACACAAUCAGCCCUGUUGUCCCCCAUGGAAAGCUUGCAGGCCAGACAGUCCAAAUGUUCUUUUCAGCCUGCCAUGAGAUUGCAGCUCCCUUACAGAAGGUCUUUGGAGGUGCACCACAGCCUAAGGGCUCUCCACCAGAAAGGCGAACACCCCCUCUGGACAUGUCUCCUGGUCAAGACUCCUCCUCAGACCCCCCUGUUGCAUUAGCAGAGAAGUCUCCAAGUCCACAGAUGACCAAUGAAGACACUGAGAUGAGUCAGACGGAGACGUCCCCACAACAAGAGGACGAGAGCACUCCCCCACAGGAUGUCUUCAUUAUGCGGGAUGACCCGGACACGGAGGUUUAUCUUGAAGUAAAACACAAUCUUGAAACCACAAGACGCUUAUCAAAGCGCUCACAGGUCAGAAAGCCAGGCAAUGUGUCAUUCAGGACUGCUUUGAAGAUUUAUAAGAUGAUGAGGGCAAGAGCAAGAUCCUCAAAUGAGGCCGGUACAACUGUCUCGGCUACGGCGGCUGUACAGAAAGCUCCCCAGAAGGCCAGAGGUGAAAGGUUAAACUGGGAUGACCUUGAGGGUAACAGCAUUGCCAGUGACAAAGUAACCCCCUGCCACACUAGCACACCUACUCACAACUACACUAGGAAGAAACCAAAGGUCAAAGGUAGACUGAAGGUCCUGCCUAUGUCAUCCCCCAGCAGUGGAGAGGAGAGACAUGCUAAGCCUUCAUCAGCAACCCCCAAAGCAUCACCGGCCAGUCAACCAGUGACUCGUGAAAUCUCUGAAUGUGGGACAGACCAUAGAGACACGAUGGCAGACUCUGGUUUCCUGGACCCGUCUGUCUUUGAAAGCACCAUACCUGAAACUCCACCCUGUGACCCGACCAAUAAGGAGAGUAACAUUGUUCAGGAAUCAUCCUUCCAAUCAAGAAAAAGGCCCCUCAAGAGUCCAGAACCCUCAGUGACACAGAGAGAGCAGGCAGGAGUAGGCCUGCAGGCGAGAGGCCUAUUCCAUUCCAAACCACAAGAGGGAGCUGCAGCAGACACUGUACUAGCAGAUGAAGAGGACUCUGAGGCAGAUAUCAUGGGUCCUGAUGUGAUCUCUGCUUUCCGAAGCUUCAAGUCUCAGCUGCUGGAUCACGUCUUUGCGAAGCAUCAGAGGAUAGAGACAAGAUCUCUGCAGUCGCUGUCUGACUGCCAGAACCAGGUGGUGACGCUCCUGAAGACCGUACAAACUCAGCGGCUGCAGCUGCUGGAGAGGUUUGAGGAGGUGGUGGUGGAGCAGCUCGGGCGUCUGGAGCAGGACUGCCGCUCCCUCAGGAACAUCGAGAGGGAGACCAUGACCUUCUGGAAGACGGAAUACCAGGCCGUGAGAUCCUUCUGUGAACGUCAACAGAGCAGACUGGACUCCUUAGAGAUAUGCAGAGGCAACGCUACACAACACUCCCCACAAGACGAAGAGGAAGGCGAAAAUAUGGAGUACAGUGGCUAAUCUGCUACAAUAGCCCAUAACAUGUUUACAUUAUAACAUAAACUAUUUAAAAUAACCUUGGUCAGCUUAAUUUUUGCACAUUUAACUUACUUUAUUGGCUGUGUGCUUAUGUUGGGAUUAAUCACCACUUUAAGAGUUAAUGUGGUAAAACAUUUAGUUUGUAACAAUCCAAGAGGUGUAUAAUCUUGCACCAAAUUAAUGACUGAAGUGCAAUCGGUACAUUUCACAACCAUUUUUUUGACCAUGCACUGUAUCACAAGUAAGUACAGUGUGGAAAACUAUCAGUGUUGUUUGUUUAAAUAAAUAUGAAAUGUCAAGAGUAACACUGCACACUGUAAAACAUUUGGAAAGAACCAAAAGUCCAUCUUAAUGUUUUUGCUCAACGUACUGUAUUUUUCUGUGUCUUAGUGAGAACAUUUGUUGAUUUGACUUUACAUUCAAUUUAUUGACCAAUAAUAAAAAUCUACAAAACACAGUGAAGAAA